AUGACUCGCCCGCUCGGCGCGAGCUUCGCGGAGUUCUUCCCCACUGCUCCAAAGGUAAAAGCUCAGGCUCAAACUCGUGCAGACCAGGUUAGAGACCACGAUCGUUCUAAAACAGCAUCGGUAUCGGCCUCUAUCAACGGUCAAACCGACCCUACAACAGGAACAGCUGUGAUAGGAGCCGACGCGAAUACCAGCCAAAACGGCAUUGUUUCUGCGUCGGAUGCUAUGCCAACACAACCUGACGAUACCGAAUCCCCAUUCACAGACAUUCCUGGCACCGUCGACUCGGCCAGCUCAUACAGCAGCGCGGCUUCAUCGAUAUUUAGCACAUCCGCCCGCCACGGUACCGCGGCGACUGCAGCUUCGUCCCGUCUUCCCACCUCGAGCCUUACCCCAAGCGCCUCCAAAGAAUCCCCAAGCUCCUCGGCCCCAGUCGCCGCAAAGCCAGAUAUGUCUACAUACCAGAACCCCGACCAGGCCGCGAGACAGCCUUCUCGAAACUCACCGGCCACUGGCCCUAAUGUCUCGAUAUCAAACGGACUUCCUUCCAAUGAGCGCAUUCCGGCUCGAGACCCUUUGCCCUCCGUAAAGGGCCUCAAGUGCACAUAUGAUCCGCUCCUCGAUCGAGUACACAAUAAGAGCGUCAGCAAAAGCGCCAAGCCCACAUAUCAAGAAUUCGGUCGAGACGAUGACGCCCCCCCUAAAGACCCCCGACUGGCUCGGUCGGAUGGUCGCCUCGGUUAUAUCAAUACCGAUUACUACCUACCAAAAUCACGACUACGGACAGCGCCUGAGAAUAUCAAGCCUUAUCCAUAUGACCCCAAGACUUCGAUUGGCCCCGGUCCACCUACACAGAUUGUCGUGACCAGAUAUAACCCACUCAUUCCUUUCAGCAAGGUGACGGCCAUCUUUGCAACUUUCGGUGAGAUAGCAGAGAGCAGCAACAAGAUGCACCCAGAGACUGGUAGUUAUCUUGGAUUCGCGACAAUUCGAUACCGAGAUUCUAAGCGACCCGAUCGUCCGCAUGUGUCUGCUAUUGACGCAGCUCGCAAAGCUGUGCGAACCCGUAACAUCAAGGUCGACGCAGACUUUGUUCAUGUGCAAUACGACGCCGAAGGCCGUAAAAGUCGGCGCAUGCUGGAAGAGCAUCUCAAGAAAGAAAAGGAAAAAUUCGAAAGAAUCGAGCAGGAAAGAAUUGCCCUUGCAGCCAAAGCACCCCCGACUGGUCCCAAAUCUGGGACAGCUCCAGGUUUUACGAGACCUCCUCCAACCGCUCCUAAAGGUCCAUCGGCUCAGCGACAAUCCAUCCCCCCUGGUACACCACAACUACCCUUGGUUGGUUCGCAAGUCAAAGGACUCAACAUUGAACCUUCGAAUCUCUCACAAAAACUCGCGGACGAUCCAUAUAUUUAUGUCACAGGUGAUAGUGUCCCAGUCUUACCAAGUAUCCUUCCACAUAUGAAGAAACGACUUAAGAAUUACGGCUUCGAGGAAAUUCGCGUGGACAAGUCGGGUUAUUUUAUUGUCUUCCGCAAUUCGUUUACUGGAAAGACAGAAGCCGAGCGAUGCUUUCGAGCUGUCAACCACACCGAAUUUUUUAACUAUGACAUGACUAUGCAGCUUUGCCUACCCCGUCCUCGUCGCGAAGAUGCUUCUGGUCGUCGACGUUCUAGCGCAAGCCCCGAUCGAAAGGCACAUGCCGAGCCGCGAUAUCGUGAUGAGAAGGAUCGACGACGACGCGAGGAAGAAGCGGAUCUUGAAGAGGAGAAGAAGCAAAGAGCUAAGCACUUUGACCCUGUGACUGAGGCUGUGGAACGUGUUCGACUUGAGAUGACGGAACAUCUUAUCCGACAUAUUCGCACCAAGCUCGCGGCGCCUGCUCUCUCAGACUUUCUAGAUCCUGCCAACCAUGCCGCCAAACGACGAAAGUUGAACAUUGAGCAUCCUGAUGAUAUUCUAGAGAUACCCAGCAUCGAGGAUGGCAACGACAGCUCCCGUGUGGCUACACCCAACUCCCGCGCUGACCCUAUCGAGCGUCGAACUGGCCGGCUCGAACCUAAAGCUCUCCCGAGAAUUCGCAAGACCAAGACUAAGGGUCAGGCGCAAAAGAGUGCCUUCAAGGAUCCGUUCGCUAGAACGCGCGUACCUGUUGCCCGAAAUGCGUUCCGCUCCCUCCACCACCGUCUACGAAGCCUCGACAGCGAUGCCGAAUCCGACGACGAUACAGAUACUCCUGCGCUGCUAGCUCGAGAAACCGAAGAGGCUGAAUCUCGCCCUCGCAGCCGAAUGAGCACCGAUGAUGAAGCUUCCAAGGAUGAUUUUGUCCCAUGGGAGCAAGGCGAGGAUGACUCGAUGACCGAGGCCAGCUUUGCCAUAGCAGAUUCGGCAGCCUCCAGAAAGCGAAAACUAGAGGCUUCAUUCGGACCAGGGUCGAAACGCCACAAGAAAUCGGACGAGGAACUAUUUGGCGUCAAACUUAAAGCGCUUGGUUCAGGAUUUGAGACACGUGAAGAUUCUGUCGAUAUUAUACCUGAGCCAGAAACGGGCGAAGAUGCUGAAAGUAGAAUUUCUCGCUCUGAAACCCCAGCCUCAGCAAUUGGCAAGCCUUUGAAGAAGCGAGCUGCGAAAACCAAGAAGACAAAGAAGGCAGCAUUUGAGGAGUCUGAGGCAUUGAAAUCUCAAACUGAGACAGAUUCCCAGCGUGAUGAAGAAGAAGUCCAGGAAUCCUCUCAAGUUAAGCAAGAGAAGACUGAGAAACUGUCCGUGGAAGAAGUGGUUCCAGAGAAGUUUGACGAGAAGCUCUUUGCUACUGAGCCCUUGACCCCCGCCCUUCAGUUACGGGACGGUGUCAACCCCGACUUACCGGUAUUCCAAGGCAUAACAGUGGGCGCUUCAGAUACGCCUCAUUUGGCCAAGCUUGCCAGGAGGUUCAAUGCUAAGGAAAUAGGCAACCCGGAGUUGUGGUUGUGGACUCGCAAUCGCAUCAGGGAACUCAACUCUGCAAAUCGCACGCUGGACUCACCUGUCACCAUUGGAGGAUACUAUGUGCCCAAUCCAACUGGCUGCGCCCGCGCUGAAGGUGUCAAGAAAAUCCUUAACUCCGAGAAGUCCAAGUACCUACCUCACCAUAUCAAGGUGCAGAAGGCAAGACAAGAACGAGAAGCUCGCAACAAGGCGGGUAAGGAUGCCGCUGCAGAUGCUGCGGAAGCCGCCAGAAUCGCUGCCGAGAAAUUGGUCGCUAAAGGAAAUUCACGAGCGAAUCGCGCUACCAACCGUCGCUACGUUGCUGACCUUAACGAUCAAAAGAAGACCCUCGGCCAAGACUCUGAUGUGUUCAAAUUCAAUCAGCUCAAGAAGCGCAAGAAGCCCGUCAAGUUUGCUCGCUCGGCUAUUCACAACUGGGGCUUGUACGCUAUGGAGAACAUUGCAAAGGACGACAUGAUCAUCGAGUAUGUCGGAGAGCAGGUUCGACAGCAGAUCUCCGAAAUUCGCGAGAAUCGUUACCUCAAGAGUGGCAUCGGAAGCAGUUAUUUGUUUCGUAUUGAUGACAAUACUGUCAUCGACGCAACCAAGAAGGGUGGCAUUGCGCGAUUCAUCAACCACAGUUGUAUGCCCAACUGUACUGCCAAGAUUAUCAAGGUUGAGGGAAGCAAGCGCAUUGUUAUCUAUGCGUUGCGCGACAUUGCCAUGAACGAAGAGCUGACGUACGAUUACAAAUUCGAACGCGAAAUCGGCAGCACCGACCGCAUCCCUUGUCUCUGUGGCACUGCGGCUUGUAAGGGCUUCCUCAACUGA